AUUCGAUAAUAACUAGAGGUGGUUUCUUAUAUAAAGAGAUAUCUUAAAAUUUUGGGCAACAGUCGAGCUGAACAAGAUGAACAAAUACAUUUUCGUCGCUUUUGCCCUAGUCGUUGUUAUCGACAGCGUCAGAAGCGACUCCAGCGAAGACAUCAUCGACAACGUCAAGUCCAAACAGGUCAAAAAGCUCCUUGCCGAAAACAAACACUACAUCAAGGCGGGCCUCGGAAAGCUCGAACAACAAUGCCCAGGCGUGACCCAGAAGCUCAAAGCCGGGAUCAAAGCGUACCAGCAAUGUGACGACAAAUCCGACGACUCUUUGACCAUUUGCCAAACCAUCGAAACUUCAAACCUGAACUGCACCAAGCAACUAAUUCGGGUGUUCGACGACUGUCUGCCGCCAAUGGCCAGAGCUCUUCCCACUAUGGCUCUCAAAGCUCUGGUUUCCGUUGCCGGGUUCUUGUGCAAGCAAACCGGAGAGUCGAUUUUCGAACUGGCGAAUCCGUGCUUUUGGGAGCCUCCGGAGCAAAGUGAUCAAGUGUGCGAGGAGAAGGUGAAUCAGUUUGUGGGAAAGUAUGCACAGAGUGAACAUGGUCCGACGAAGGCUGAAACUUGCGCGGUUGCCAAUAGCUACAUGGAGUGUAUCCGAGACGGUCUUGGGGGUGGUUGUAAGAACCAGAAGACGAAGGAUGUCGUUUAUGGGCUUUUUGAGGCUUUGAUGUCUCCUUGUAGGAAUCUCAGCGCAGUGUAAAGUUUGAUAUUGUUUGUACAUAAAAAAAUUUUGGAUGGUGUAUGUUUAAAAUGAAAUGGUUCUUAACUCUU